AUGCCGACCAGACAGGUACGGUCAAGUCCACUACUCGACCUUCCAAUCGAGAUCAUCCUCAUGAUAGCGGACACUCUGGACACCCGAGAUGUUAGCUCGUUUCUACGUACGGCGCGGAGAUAUGCCCGCAUACUCGACCCCCAUCUUUAUCAACGUGCGCGCAGCCAUAUCUGCGCUGACGACAACUCCGUCCUCGGAUGGGCUGCGAAAAGAAAUCAAGCGCCUGUAAUCCGCAAGCUUCUAAGGAAAACCAUGGAUGCACCAAUUCCGCUUGAAGCGAAGAGCAAGGCAUUAUGUCUUGCCGCAGAGGCAGGAAGCCAUGACAUCAUCAAGCCUCUGGUAGACGCAGGUGCGGAUCUAUCUUCUGCGUUAGAUAUGGGACGGAGUUCAACAUGUAGCCCCUUGCAACUCGCCGCAGGGAAUGGCCACGAAAAAGCCGCCCGUGCACUUCUAGCAAUGGGGGCAGAUAUCGCUGCCACCAAUUCAAUCAAAGAGACCGCUCUGCACUAUGCGGCCCGUGGUGGCCAGGAAAGUGUUACGAAACUGCUUUUGGAGAGGGGUGCUGAUGUGGCAGCAUUAACGAUCAGCCGAGAAACAGCACUUCAUUACGCAAUUCCGUCUAAAAAUGAAGCGGUUGUGAAGCUGCUCCUAGAGAAGGGAGUAGAAAUGGAGGCACUUUCAUACACUGGGCAAACAGCAUUAUUUUAUGCAAUUGGGUUCGAGAAUUCUGGCAGCGAGUCCAUUCUUAAUCUACUUUUGGCGAAGGGUGCAAAUGUGGCUGUAUCAGAACCAUUUCGGCACUUGACACCACUACACUUUGCUGCGGAGGAUGGCAAUGAAUGGGCUGUUCGGUCACUCUUGGCGAAUGGGGCGAACGUGAUGGACCGUGAUUUCUUGGGACAUACGACGCUGCAUAUAGCGGCCGAGUCUGGGAAUGAAGCAGUUGUAAGAAUGCUCCUUGAAAAAGGGGCGGAAGUUUCCGCUGUUGCGGUUGAAGAGGAUGAUACACCACAGAAUUUUGCAAAAUGGAAUGGCCAUGAAGGAAUUGCAAGACUUCUAGAGGAGGCAGCCACACAGCGUGUGAGAAAUUUAGCUUGA